AUGGGCGAGGAAAACAAAGCGGUGUUUGCAGUUUCAUUAAAGCUGCCAACAUUCUGGACUACAAACCCCGAAGCUUGGUUUGCUCAAGCGGAGGCACAAUUUGCCAUCUGCUGUGUUACAGUGGACGACACGAAAUAUUACCACGUGGUGGCUAGCCUUGACAGUCAAACAGCAACACGUGCUCUAUCUGUGCUUGUUUCACCACCGCAGGAACACAAGUAUGAGACUAUUAAGACCUUCCUUUUAUCUGCUUUUGGCAAAUCUGAAUCUGAAAGAGCCCACCUCCUUCUUAACAUUCAGAGACUUGGUGACCGCAAACCAUCGGAGCUAAUGGACUCUAUGCUAGCGCCAUAG